AUGACCUUUGACUGCAAGCAGCUCUACCACUCAGAUGACUACUACCAGGGCUGGGUCAGGCACCUUGUGGACUGUGCAAAGCAGCAGCCUGAGGCUGCCUGGGCACAGAAGCUGCUGGGACUGAAAGAGGUGCCAGAAGAGUUUGAACCACAAAGGAAGUUGCAAAGCAGCUUGGCCUCCUUCAUGGGGGCUAUGAACUCAGCCAUUGGAGGUGCUGAGGCUGACAGUAAGCUUCCCUUGAAAGACUUGGUCAAGCAGAAGAAGCAGGAGCUGGAGGAGAAGGAGGCAGAGAAGCAGAAAAAGCAGCUAGAGGAACAGAUGAGGCAGAAACUCAAAGACCAGAUGGAAGCAGAGGAGCAGGAGGAAAGGAACAAGAAAGAGGCAGAGGAGAAAGCCAGACAGGAUGCAGAAAGGAGGAUGCAGAGCCAGGCCAAAAUGGCUGAAGCAGGAGCAGCCAUUGUAGAAGUUGAACAGAAGAUGAAGAUGGAGGAGGCCAGGUUGAAGCAAGAAGCAAAGGAAAGGAUCCAGAAAGAGUUGGCCAAGAUCAGGAUGAAGGCAGAAGAGGACAAGCUGAGGCAGGAGGCAGAGGAGGAGAGGAUGAAGAAGGAGAAGGAGGAAGCCAGCCUCAGGAAGGAGCUAGAGGAAAAGCUCAAGAAAGAGAUAGAGGCAAAAGUGAGGAUGGAAGCAGAAGAGAAGUUCAGGAAGGAGGCAGAAGAGAAGUUGAGGAAGGAGGCAGAAGAGAAGUUGAAGAAGGAGGCAGAAGAGAAGUGGAGGAAGGAGGCAGAAGAGAAGUUGAGGAAGGAGGCAGGAGAGAAGUUGAGGAAGGAGGCAGAAGAGAAGGUGAAGAAGGAGGCAGAAGAGAAGGUGAAGAAGGAUGCAGAAGAGAAGUUGAAGAAGGAGGCAGACGAGAAGUUGAGGAAGGAGGCAGAAGAGAAGUUGAGGAAGGAGGCAGAAGAGAAGGUGAAGAAGGAGGCAGAAGAGAAGGUGAAGAAGGAUGCAGAAGAGAAGUUGAAGCAGGAGGCAGAAGAGAAGUUGAAGAAGGAGGCAGAAGAGAAGUUGAAGAAGGAUGCAGAAGAAAAGGUGAAGAAGGAUGCAGAAGAGAUGGUGAAGAAGGAGGCAGAAGAGAAGUUGAAGAAGGAGGCAGAAGAGAAGUUGAUGAAGGAUGCAGAAGAGAAGGUGAAGAAGGAUGCAGAAGAGAAGUUGAAGAAGGAGGCAGAAGAGAAGUUGAAGAAGGAUGCAGAAGAGAAGGUGAAGAAGGAGGCAGAAGAGAAGUUGAAGAAGGAUGCAGAACAGAAGAAAGCAAAGACCCAAGCAAUCAGAAGAAAUGAGCCUGGCAGUGGAGUUGCUUGGCAUCAGCUGCUGGUAUUGCUGGUGGCCCUGGUGAAGGGCUGGGGCACAUUUGCCAAUUGUAUGCUGUUGAACCGGAUCAGAUUGAUUGACAAACUGGAUUCUGAGAUGCAAGCGGCGCCUAUUUUUGUUCCGGGCGAUGGGAACUGCAUGGUGUGGAGUUUGAAGUAUUUCCUCAAAGAGCGUGUUGCCAGUGCCAAAUCUGAUUUCACUUCCAAAGAUGCCUUGGGUGAAAUGAAGCAGGUGCGGACAAUGAUUAAGAACAUGUGGAUAAGUGUUGCCAACACGGAGGAGUGGCAGCACCUGUUCGUGAGGUGUUGCCAAAAUGUUCAAAAUGUGCCGGAGACCCCUCGAAAGAAUACCAAGAGAAAAACUUCUGUUGAUGAUGGUGGCAUUGACAUUGUGACGCCUCCACGGGUUUCACCUGAGCCCGAAAAAGGAAGAGCUGAGCCAACCCGGGUGAGCGAAACAAGAUGGGUUCCUUUUGGCAAACCACAGCCGAAGUCCUCUACCCUACGUGCUCCUGGGACAGGCAAGAUGCAGGCAUGUUUGGAGCCCAAUGUCCCUGACCUUGAAGAUGCGUUUCAUCAAGUGCAACAGAAAGUUCCAGAGAAUAGGGAUUGUCAGGAUUGUCUACAAGUGGAUUUUGGAGAUGAUGUUGAGGAUGAUUUUGGGGAGGUACAUGAACCCAUGGGGGCCCGAUCUACGGUCCGCAAAAAACAUUUCACCCGAACUUGCAAGAGCAAGAUUGUGACCAAGAAGGAACUGACAGAUCAAGCUUUCAAAGAACUCUUGGGACAGCGCAAAGUGUCUUACCAUGCAUUUCUGGCCUUCCAUCGUCAACAUGCAAAGGUCAAGGAAGCGGCAGUGCGUCCAAAAGGUGGCUGUGCUUUUUUGACCCAGACGUUGCGAUCGAACACUUGGCCAGAAUGCGACCUGUGCCGAUCAUUUCUGGACUCUUGCAAUCUCAGCCAGGACAAAGUCCAAGAGGCACAUGCAGGAUUUGCCCAGGCUGACUUGCUUGCAUCCCAUGGUGCGCCCAAAGCAGAUCCUGCGGAUGAUUUGCUAAAGGGAAAUCUCUUCAUUGGGAACAUGGUUGGCAUGUGGGCCAGUCCAAUUGCAGCGUUUUGCUCAGAGCUGCGCGAGUGUGGACAGUGUGGACCCUUUGCUGUGCUGAUGGGCCAGCAUAGGCACAUGCAGCCUGGCUAUUACCCUACUUGGGGCCCUGGACAGUGCCUGUGGCUGCAUUUGAAUUUGAAGCUGAGCCAUUUGAAGCUGAACCAUUGGACAAUCAUUGGCAUCAUCAUCAGUUUGCUGCUGCAAAGGAUGGCUCCUACUGGUCCUGGACCAUUUUGGUCCCCUCCUAGUGGUGGUGGUGGGUCAGCAGCUUCUACUGGUGGUGCUGGGUCUGUAAGAAGCCUGGCUGACAUAUCCACCUAUGAUGAGGGCAGGGAGGACAGCAGUUUCUUGGCUGGUGGUGUUGGAGGUUUGCAUUGGGAAGUUGGUAGGUCAAGCUCCAGUGACAAGAAGAAGAAGAAGAAACACAAGAAGGAGAAGAAGGACAAGAAGGACAAGAAAGAAAAGCAACCACCAAAACGCAAGCUGGGUGAGUCAUCAGAUGCAGAAAGUGAGGAGCUGGACAAGAGGGAUGUGCCAAAGUGUCAGCUGGCAAAAACUGCAGGGAAAUCUGGUGGCACAAACACCUUCCCCAGGAGGGAUUUGCUGAGGUACCUGAAGGCACUGGACCCCACAGUCUUUCCAGAUGGCCAGAGACAGAUGCUAUCUGACUGCCAAGUGGGCAUGGCCUUGUAUCUGAUGACUGGCCUUCCUCCCUUCCUCAGGGUGAAGGAGCUGAGGAGAGACAAGCUGCUGGAGGCCAAGAAGGCUUUUGAGCUGAGGAAGGAGGAAAGCCAAAGUACCUAUUUCCCCUAUGGAGUCCCAGCAAUCAAGGCUUAUGACCAGGGAAGGCAUAUCAUCAAAGGGCCUCCACCUACCCUUAUGACCUUUGACUGCAAGCAGCUCUACCACUCAGAUGACUACUACCAGGGCUGGGUCAGGCACCUUGUGGACUGUGCAAAGCAGCAGCCUGAGGCUGCCUGGGCACAGAAGCUGCUGGGACUGAAAGAGGUGCCAGAAGAGUUUGAACCACAAAGGAAGUUGCAAAGCAGCUUGGCCUCCUUCAUGGGGGCUAUGAACUCAGCCAUUGGAGGUGCUGAGGCUGACAGUAAGCUUCCCUUGCAAGACUUGGUCAAGCAGAAGAAGCAGGAGCUGGAGGAGAAGGAGGCAGAGAAGCAGAAAAAGCAGCUAGAGGAACAGAUGAGGCAGAAACUCAAAGACCAGAUGGAAGCAGAGGAGCAGGAGGAAAGGAACAAGAAAGAGGCAGAGGAGAAAGCCAGACAGGAUGCAGAAAGGAGGAUGCAGAGCCAGGCCAAAAUGGCUGAAGCAGGAGCAGCCAUUGUAGAAGCUGAACAGAAGAUGAAGAUGGAGGAGGCCAGGUUGAAGCAAGAAGCAGAGGAAAGGACCCAGAAAGAGUUGGCCAAGAUCAGGAUGAAGGCAGAAGAGGACAAGCUGAGGCAGGAGGCAGAGGAGGAGAGGAUGAAGAAGGAGAAGGAGGAAGCCAUGCUCAGGAAGGAGCUAGAGGAAAAGCUCAAGAAAGAGAUAGAGGCAAAAGUGAGGAUGGAAGCAGAAGAGAAGUUCAGGAAGGAGGCAGAAGAGAAGUUGAGGAAGGAGGCAGAAGAGAAGUUGAGGAAGGAGGCAGAAGAGAAGGUGAAGAAGGAGGCAGAAGAGAAGGUGAAGAAGGAUGCAGAAGAGAAGUUGAAGAAGGAGGCAGACGAGAAGUUGAGGAAGGAGGCAGAAGAGAAGUUGAGGAAGGAGGCAGAAGAGAAGGUGAAGAAGGAGGCAGAAGAGAAGGUGAAGAAGGAUGCAGAAGAGAAGUUGAAGCAGGAGGCAGAAGAGAAGUUGAAGAAGGAGGCAGAAGAGAAGUUGAAGAAGGAUGCAGAAGAGAAGGUGAAGAAGGAUGCAGAAAAGAUGGUGAAGAAGGAGGCAGAAGAGAAGUUGAAGAAGGAGGCAGAAGAGAAGUUGAUGAAGGAUGCAGAAGGGAAGGUGAAGAAGGAUGCAGAAGAGAAGUUGAAGAAGGAGGCAGAAGAGAAGUUGAAGAAGGAUGCAGAAGAGAAGGUGAAGAAGGAGGCAGAAGAGAAGUUGAAGAAGGAUGCAGAACAGAAGAAAGCAAAGACCCAAGAAACUGUGGCACAGAUGUUUAGUACCUUGGAUUGUAAGCUUGUGGGGUUGGUGUGGUGGGGCUGGGCAGUGGGUCCAGCAAUUCUUGGGCCAGGCUACCACUCAACCCAUGUCAUGUUACCCCCCAUCCCAGGCAAUCAGAAGAAAUGA